GGCCGCUGGUGGUAAAUAGUUCUGCCCAGCGACUCCAGGCCUCCAGUCACAGUCCUGUGGGAGGUAGGACCGAGACCAGCCAUGACUACUUACAGCGACAAGGGAGCAAAGCCCGAGCGAGGCCGGUUCCUCCACUUCCACUCGGUGACCUUCUGGGUGGGCAACGCCAAGCAGGCUGCCUCCUUCUACUGCAGCAAGAUGGGCUUCGAGCCGCUGGCCUACCGGGGCCUGGAGACGGGCUCGCGGGAGGUGGCGAGCCACGUGAUCAAGCAGGGGCAGAUUGUGUUUGUCUUCUCCUCACCACUGAACCCCUGGAACAAAGAGAUGGGCGACCACCUGGUGAAGCACGGCGACGGCGUGAAGGACAUCGCCUUCGAGGUGGAGGACUGCGACUACAUCGUGCAGAAAGCCCGGGAGCGGGGCGCCAAGGUCGUGCGGGAGCCGUGGGUGGAGCAGGACAAGUCCGGGAAGGUGAAGUUUGCUGUGCUGCAGACGUACGGGGACACCACCCACACCCUGGUGGAGAAGACCGGCUACUCUGGCAGCUUCUUGCCUGGAUUCGAGGCCGCCCGAGCCAAGGACUCUCUACUCUCCAAGCUCCCCAGCUGCGGCCUCGAGAUUAUCGACCACAUUGUGGGAAAUCAGCCCGAUCAGGAGAUGCUGUCUGCCUCGGAAUGGUACCUGAGGAACCUGCAGUUCCACCGUUUCUGGUCGGUGGACGACACACAGGUGCACACGGAAUACAGCUCCCUGCGCUCCAUCGUGGUCACCGACUACGAAGAGUCCAUCAAGAUGCCCAUUAACGAGCCGGCGCCGGGCAAGAAGAAGUCUCAGAUCCAGGAAUACGUGGACUACAAUGGGGGUGCCGGGGUCCAGCACAUCGCUCUCAAGACCCAAGACAUCAUCACGGCGAUUCGCCACUUGCGAGAGCGAGGCGCGGAGUUCUUGGCUGUUCCAUCCUCGUACUACACGCAGCUUCGGGAGAACCUCAAGUCCGCCAAGGUCCGGGUGAAGGAGAACAUCGAUGUGCUGGAGGAGCUGAAGAUCCUGGUGGACUACGACGAGAAGGGCUACCUCCUGCAGAUCUUCACCAAGCCCAUGCAGGACCGGCCCACGCUCUUCCUGGAGGUCAUCCAGCGCCACAACCACCAGGGCUUCGGAGCGGGCAACUUCAACGCGCUGUUUAAGGCUUUCGAGGCGGAGCAGGACCUGCGAGGAAACCUCACCGACCUGGAGACCAAUGGUGUGGCAUCCGGCAUGUAGGCCCCGCCCACCGGGGCACGCCCCGACACGCCCACACCCGGGUCUCUCCCACUGACCACGCCCCCUUGAGACCACGCCCCCCUCGUGGAGCCGCUCCCGCUCGCUCCUCCCACCCGAGUAAAGCGGCCUGGGAACGAG